AUCGAUUUGGAACCGAUCCCAAACCUGAAAUCACUAUGGUAACAGUUAUAUUAGCCAACAAUUUAGGUUUCAUUGCCGGUCCUAUGAUUUGUAAUAUUCUUAUUAAUAUGGGAUAUACUUCCCCUUUUUUCCUGCCUCUGGUAAUGG